AUGCUACCUCGGAUAUUGUUUUGGAUUCUUUCGAUUAUUUGUUUGUACGUGAUAGUAUCUGUCUGUAGUCGAAAUGGUUUUAUAUCACUAGAAAGAUUGAACAAGGAAGCAACAAAUCCUGGUAUGCCAUCGAUUGAUGAUAAUCCAAGAGAUAGAGUGCUGGUUUUAAAUUAUGAAAUGGCGUUGACUGCUUAUAAAGAAACCAUCAAUAGACAGAGAGGGAAACUACAAGCAAAGUUCGUUCUGCUUCCCGGUGCAUUUAUACCUCAAACACAAGGAAAUUUCGAGUGCGAAAAUUCAGAAAUACGUGGAUUGUGUGGUUUUUAUGUCGAAAGUUACGAUGAUGCGGUUCAACUUUGCGAUAUAGAAUAUAAAGAUGAAUGCAAUGCAUUCGUAUUAACUAAAUAUAUGUUAGUUCAUUUGAAGAAAAAUGUUCCAGAUAUUGUUCCAGAUCAAGGCUCAUCUGUUUUUGUGAAAAAUGAAAUACUAAAAGAAAUGAAAACUAAAGGGAAAGUUUAG